AUGACUACCGAUUUACCAACUUCUACUCCAGCAAGUGAGAUAGCUUAUAAACCGCGGUACAUUGAUAUAGGCAUCAAUUUAGCAGACCCAAUAUUUAGGGGUCAGUAUCAUGGUACUCAACGGCAUCCAGACGACCUAAGCGCCGUCGUCUCGAGAGCCCGUGAAGUCGGCUGUCACAAGCUCAUCAUCACCGGCUCUGAUUUCACCAGUUCUCGACAUGCUCUCGAGAUAGCUAGGGAAUAUGCCGGCACCGUAUAUACGACCGCCGGCAUACACCCCUGCUCCAGCUCCAUAUUCAGCACAACCCAUUCGCAUGUAGAUACCAAUGGACAUACCAUGCCCUGCGACGCGGACCCCUCGCAGCCCAUCUCCGAAGACCACGAGCCCGACAUGGCCCGCACCUCAUCAAUCAUCUCAGAGCUACGGGCGCUCAUCGACGGAGCGCGGAGUCGUAGCACGGGGCCGAGUCCCCUCGUCGCCUUCGGUGAGAUCGGGCUCGACUACGACCGUCUGCACUACUGCUCCCGUAAAAUCCAACUACACUCUUUCGCCGCGCAACUGGACCUCGCAGCUUCGCUACAGCCCCAACUCCCGCUAUUCCUUCACUCACGCGCCGCGCAUGCAGAUUUCGUGCAACUCUUAAAAGAUAAAUUCGGCACGCGACUCGAGAGGCUCGAGCGUGGGGCCGUGGUCCACAGUUUCACAGGGACGGCGGAGGAGAUGCGAGAGCUGAUGGAUUUGGGACUGUAUAUCGGGACUAACGGGUGUAGUUUCAAAACGGCCGAGAACUGUGCUGUGGUGAAGGAGAUUCAUCUUGACCGGUUGAUGUUAGAGACUGAUGGUCCGUGGUGCGAGGUUAGGCCUAGUCAUGAGGGUUGGAAGUACUUGAUAGAACCGCCGAAGCUAUUAGAAGCGGCAGGGGCAGGGGUGGAUGUAAAUACGAAGGGUGCGGAGGUUGUUGCUAAUGGAACCCCAUCGGAGCUGGCAAAGCAACAACCGGUGAAGCCCAAGCAACAGUCUAAAAAGCCGCCAAAGAAGAAGGAAUCGGAGGUACCAGAGCGCUGGAAGGUUGUCAAGAAAGAGAAGUGGGUCGAAGGCGCGAUGGUCAAGAGCCGCAACGAGCCGUGCAUGAUUGAGCGGGUAGGUAAGAUCGUCGCCGGCAUCAAGGGAGUCACCGUGGAGGAGGUAUGCGAGGCUGCUUGGCGGAACACGACAAAGGUGUUUCCAGUAGACGGAUAG